CCCAUGCAAAUUCUCCUUCUCUUGCGUCAUCCGAUCCACGUGACGCUCUAUAAAUUGUUCGGCUCCACAGUGCGCAUGCGCAGAAGCACCGCGGAACCUCACACGCACUGGCAUCAUUUUUACUGCUGAAAGAGGAGUUUAAAGCUGUCACAAAGGUAUCACGAUGAAGCGCAUGCUGACUCACCUGAGCCGCCGGGCCACGCCCACACUGAGCCGUGCCACGCCCACACUGAGCCGUGCCUCUUACUCCAGCAUGCGCUCUUCCUCCACGGCAGCAUCUUCCAUCAAACGUGAAGAGAGGCCGCUCUCAUCAGAGGAGGUGUUUACUCGAGAGGAGCGAUAUGGAGCUCACAACUACCACCCGCUGCCCGUCGCCCUGCAGAGAGGAGAAGGUAUUCACGUGUGGGACGUUGAGGGCCGUCGGUAUUUUGACUUCCUGAGUGCGUACAGUGCUGUGAAUCAGGGUCACUGCCACCCGAAAAUCGUCUCAGCUCUGAUUGAACAGGCCUCUAAACUCACGCUGACCUCCAGAGCUUUCUACAACGACGUGCUGGGAGAAUACGAGGAGUUCAUCACCUCUCUGUUCGGUUACAACAAAGUCCUGCCCAUGAACACAGGUGUUGAAAGCGGAGAGACGGCGUGUAAACUGGCACGCAAGUGGGCUUACAACGUGAAAGGCGUUCCUCAGAACCAGGCCAAGAUCAUCUUUGCUGAGGGGAAUUUCUGGGGUCGUACCUUGGCGGCCAUUUCCAGCUCCACCGACCCCAGCAGCUACGAGGGGUUCGGACCCUUCAUGCCCGGGUUCGAGCUCGUGCCCUACAACGACAUCCCGGCUCUGGAGAAAGCUCUUCAGGACCCUAAUGUUGCUGCAUUCAUGAUGGAGCCCAUCCAGGGGGAAGCAGGUGUUGUGGUACCUGAUCCAGGCUACCUGUGCAAAGUGCGUGAGCUGUGCACCAAAAACAACGUUCUGUUUAUCGCAGAUGAGGUACAGACAGGUUUGGCUCGUACAGGACGCAGGUUGGCUGUAGACCAUGAGGAAGUGCGACCAGAUCUACUGUUGCUGGGAAAAGCUCUGUCUGGAGGGCUGUAUCCUGUGUCUGCAGUGCUGUGUGAUGAUGAGGUGAUGUUGACGAUUAAACCAGGUGAACACGGCUCCACCUACGGAGGAAACCCCCUCGCAUGCAGAGUCGGCAUCGCCGCCCUUCAGGUCAUGGAGGAGGAGAAGCUGGCAGAGAACUCAGAAAAAAUGGGGAAGAUUUUGAGGGCGGAGCUUAACAAGUUGCCCAAAGAGGUUGUAACAGAGGUGCGAGGGAAAGGACUCUUCAACGCCAUCGUCAUCAAGGAGACUAAAAACUAUGACGCCUGGCGAGUGUGUUUGCGUCUCCGUGACAACGGUCUAUUAGCUAAGCCCACUCACGAUCACAUCAUCAGGUUGGCCCCGCCCCUCAUCAUCAAGGAAGACGAGAUCAGGGAGUGUGCAGAAAUCAUCCAGAGAACCAUCUUGUCCUUUUAACAAGCUCUUGGUCAUCAGUAAUAAUUACAUUUUAACCCCAAACUCCUGAGGACAGAUAAAUAAAUACCAGACGAGUGUUUUUAAGUAAUGAAGUGACACGUAGGAAAGAGGCUGUUUAUUUUAGGCUAAGCCUAGUUCUAGUCUCAGACCUUUUAAUUAUAAAUGGACUUGUUUAGUCUAGGACUAAUAUACAGUAGAGAAAAAAAAACUUUUCCCUACUUUUCUUUGGUUUUAUUGAGCAUUAAAUUGCUCAUUAUUAUUUGGGGGGGGGGGAGCAAAAAACAUUAUGAUUAAUCAGCCUAGCUCGUAGUAGCAGGCACUUGAAGGGUUCUGUGUAGACUGUGUUUGUGUGUGUGUGUGUGUGUGUGUGUGUGUGUGUGUGUGUGUGUGUACGUGUUGCUCAUACACCUGACUCAAGUGUUAUAAUACAGAUAAACCAAUUACAGAACAUUUAGCGCUACGAGGCUAACGUGGCUAGCAACGAAUGCAAGUCUCUGACCACCAGUUUAUCCUCCCUGGUGAACGUGUGUGAUGAUUUAGACAUGCAGAUUUAGCACAUGAGGCUAAACUGGUGGCUCUAAGCUCAUAUUAAAACUUCAAACACACGUGUUAGCAUUCGCAGAGACGUGGCAUGUCAUUUCACAUUCAACUAAAGUCUAGACUCCGUUAAUUGUGAUCGAAAUAAACGAUGGGUUUUGCACCGAUCCGUAUUGAAUGUAAUUGGUCACAAACAUAUCAACAAACUGACUAAAGAAAACUCAAGUCAGCUAUAAAACAUCCCACAUAUUAAGAAAUGUACACUAAAUUCUCACGAACAUCCAACAAGGCUACUGUAGCUAACAAGCGCCAGAAGCUAAUAGCUACCAUUUUAGCACAUGGCUGAAGACAGCUUUAUUAUUGAAGUAUUUUUGUCAUAGAACAAUAUUUCUUGGAACCAAUCUUUAGUGUGCGUCUCUGGCUCCUCCCACUCCUAAGUGAAAAGUCUCUCUAGACCGGCGUGUCUUUGUAUCCAUAUAUGGACUGGUGGGUGUGUUUUUGUAUCCAUAUAUGGACAGUUUUGGAACAAUAAGAGUUCUCACUGUAAAAGGUGGAGCCUUCUUUCCAAGAAUGGCAGAGCCGUCAGAGUUCCUUCUGAAGAGGGCGGAGCCUUAAUACUUCUCCCUAGAGGGCGAGUUUCUGAAUGUGAAGGGUGGAGAUUUUGUAGAGGGCGGAGUCUUCGGUGUUCUCUUUGUGGAAGGCGGAGUCUUCAGUGUUCUCUUUUGGGGAGGGCGGAGUCUUCAGUGUUCUCUCUGUAGAGGGCGGAGUCUUCAGUGUUCUCUUUGGGGAAGGCGGAGUCUUCAGUGUUCUCUCUGUAGAGGGCGGAGUCUUCAGUGUUCUCUCUGUAGAGGGCGGAGUCUUCAGUGUUCUCUUUUGGGGAGCGCGGAGUCUUCACUGUUCUCUCUGUAGAGGGCGGAGUCUUCAGUGUUCUCUUUGGGGAAGGCGGAGUCUUCAGUGUUCUCUCUGUAGAGGGCGGAGUCUACACACCUACAUUCCCAUUUAUGGCCUUAAAGGCAGUUUAGUGUGAGCUUUUCUCAUUUGCAUAUUAUUGCCUCUUGACACGCCCAUAUUUCAAGAUCUAAACUACACCAUGGCCGCAUUGCUGAAGUGAAAAAACACGGUAGCUUUUUUGGGUGGAAAUCAACUUGAAGUCAACGUUUACAUGUCUAUGGAGUGGGCGGAGUCAGUCACAGACGCACACUCAUGACAUAAGAAGGUGUGAUUAAUAAAAAUGAACGUUCCAGUUGUCCCAGUUUCACAGUGCUGGGGUAAAUGGAAGAGGUGGAGUGUGUACGUGGAGGUGGAGUGUGUACGUGGAGGUGGAGUGUGAGAAAUGAACCACAAUUUUAAAGUUUUAUGAUGAAAACGUGACACGUGUCACCUGUCCAGGCUCCACCGAGGACAGAGUGCUAAUGCACCAUUUAUACCGAAGAUAUGAUGUAUUUAACAUAGACGAUAUGCUGCAGUGUGUGUGUGUGUGUGUGUGUGUGUGUGUGUGUGUGUGUGUGUGUGUGUGUGUGUCCAAAUUAAAUUCUUUACCUUUUGAUUAUUGUAAUGAAGAAUGUGAAGCGUGCACAGAAUUUUGAAGCUAAGACCAGGUUAAAGCUCUAUCAUUACUGAAAUAAAGCACCUUUGAGCACUAA